CCAGAAUGGUGUUGCAGUUUCACGUCUCGGCCCCCGGAUUCCUAUUGACACCGCGGUUCGCCACACCUCUCCGGCAUGGACAUCGCACAGGCCAGAUACACGAGUGGCUUCACCCACAUCAUCGACGGCAAGCCAGCCACCUCACCGACCACCACUUGGGUGAUCAACCCGUCCACGGGAGAGCCUUUUGCGCAAGUCCCCAUCGCCACAAAAGCGCAGCUCGAGCAGACCGUCGCUGCUGCCGAGCGGGCCUUCACCUCUUGGAGCGCCAAGGCUUGGCAGGAGCGAGCAGAUGUGUUGCGCGCCCUAGCCGUCCUCAUCGAGCGUCAUGCUGAGAGCUUUGUGGAGUUGAUCAUGCGAGAGGUUGGGAAAGACCGUCAUAGUGCUACCUUCGAGGUAGGCGGCGCGCCGGAGGGACUUUCUAAGUCUGCAAGCCACAAGCUCGAGGAGGAGGUUGUGACGAGCGAACCGGGAAGGACGAGCAAGAUACGAUAUCGGCCAUAUGGAGUGUGUGCUGCUGCCAUCGCGUUCAACUUCCCACUUUUCUUCUGUAUCCUCAAGCUAUCGCAUGCUCUCUUGGCGGGGAAUUGCCUAAUUCUCAAGACAUCGCCCACUGCGCCAUGCGUUAGUCUGAAAUUUGUGGAGCUCGCGCAGUCAGUUGUCCCUCCUGGCGUGCUCUCCGUGUUGUGUGGUGGUGAUGAGUUGGGUCAAUGGCUUGUUCAGCACCCACGUAUUAUGCGCUUUUCCUUCACGGGGUCGACGGCAACUGGCAAGGCCGUCAUGCGCGAAGCCGCUGCAGGUGUCAAGAGCCUCACUCUUGAGCUGGGCGGGAACGACCCCGCAAUCGUGCUUCCUGACGCCGACAUCAAGAAGGUCGCCCAACAUCUUCUCAUCGGGGCGACCAAUAAUGCGGGCCAACAGUGCUUCGCUAUGAAGCGGAUCUUCAUCCACGAAGACAUUUACGACGCGGUUCGAGACGAGAUCGUAGCGCUCGCAAAGCAGGCUAAAGUUGGGGAUCCAUUCGACGCCGAGACGAUCAUAGGUCCUGUCCAAAACAGACGAGUGUACGAGAAGCUGAAGGGGUUAGUUGCCGACUGCAAGGCCCGGGGCUACAACAUCGCCUAUGAGGGCGAGGCCGGUAUGGCCGGAAGCAAGGGCUACUUCAUCCCGAUCACGAUCAUCGACAACCCUCCUGACAAUGCCAGGAUUGUCCGCGAAGAACAAUUCGGCCCCAUCAUACCAUUACUGAAAUGGAAGGAUGACAAUGAGGUCGUUGUGCGCGCAAAUGACACCGAGUACGGCCUGAACGCGUCGAUCUGGGGCUCCAAUAUGGUGCGCAUCCAAAACAUCGCCGAUAAGCUAUAUGUCGGGACAGUCUGGAUCAACGAGUGGGCUGCAAUGCACCCCGAUCUACCUUUUCUGGGCGUGAAGCACUCCGGGGUGGGCGUCGAAAAUUCAAAGCACGGCCUCCUUUCGUGGGUGUAUCCCCAGGCGUAUGUGUGCAGGGAGUCGCUGAAUGGUGCUCUGACCGAGCCAGAGCUAGAGUAGCCGAGCCGCGAUGCGCAAUCCCGAAGUGGACUAUAGGCGUAAUAUUUCUUGUUGUCUAGGGGCACAUGCACCCGCCUGCCUGACAUUGUGUAGCGCCUCCUCCGAAUCCUACUUCAAAUACGACCGUCAUGUGUACUGCGCAUGUAUUAUC